GUUGAUGAAGGCUGACCCAGGGUGAAAAAAACCAAACUGUUUUGUUUGAACCAAAGAGAUCGCUGGGCAUCCGCGACCGAAAUGAGCGCAGCGCCACAGACACGAACAUAAUAUUUAAAAAAGCCUUUUCGUUGACCGUCAAAUCGCUACCGUUGCAGAAGUGAGUCAGAUGAGAUUAGCUGCUACCUCAUGCAGAAGCCAUCACAUAUAGCAGCGUAGGAUUGGUUGAGAAAUGAAUAGUUCAGUUGGGUUUGACUGAACCAAUGGCGUGAUGCCAUCGUUGCAACCUCAUUUUCGCAUGAAAUAAACCGACAAAUUCAUCGGAUACUAUAAUCGGAAUGUUGCACCCAAUAGUCUCAAGAUAUAUAUAUAUUUGUACUGAGAUUUCGGUGUGUUUUCAACGCGAUCAGCCCAAGCCAAAUGAACUAUUAUUACAUACUAUAAGAACAAGAACAAGAGCAAAGAGCAAAGGGUAGACAUGCCUUGGUCAAUCAGCAGUUCCCACAAAACCCAUAAUGUUGCUGAAGAUCUUUCUUCGACUGGAACUAUGUCGAACUCCGAUUCAAAGUCAUACAAUUCGACAUUCUCUAGGCGACAUCGCCAUAAAGCUUCCUAUUCUACACAUUACACAUCUCCCCUACAUUCAGCACCCCCGAGCCCAGUGCUACAUCCAGCAGCGAAGGUGGUGAAUAAAGUUGACCCCCAGUACGCCGCCCUCCUUGGCAUUGAAUCAGAUGCGCUUUAUAAUACUGUCAACGUUCAAACUAAUAGCAAUCCGUUUAACUAUCCUUCUUCUCUGGAGGCCUUACUACCCAGCAAGAACGACAACAUCACACCUUGUCAAAACCAACGGAUGUCAAUGUCAAACAAGCCAUCGAUUACGGGCCAUAGCCUAGAUCUAGAUAUACUCGAUAAGUCAUUCGCCGGCUCGUCAAGCGCAGAUGCAUCCAGUCCCCACGGGAGUUUUGAUAGUACGGAUAAGGACUCGGAAGAUGAAGAUAUAGACCUUGAGAAAGCAGCGGAUGAUGCUUUGUCGCAAUGGUUUGGUAUAAGUCUUCGUCGACUUGUACGGCCCAUUCGUGUCAUUUAUGCCUUCGAACAGGUCAAAUGGCAGUGCGCCAGUAUACUACGAGAUGAAGGACAUUGCGUGCAGGACGAUGAAGCUAAUGAAGAUAUCGGAGUCCGCACCAUUCCAGGCGACCCCUAUGAUGCUGGGGAGAGUAGCAGGUCCACCCGUGCUAUCCGACCUCUGACUGGCACGUCUACCGUUUCUCCAUCUGGUGGAUCGAUCCCGACAGACGGGAGAACAUCUCAGUCUGGCUCUUCUCCACAGAAUAGUCUAAGUGUUAAAGGGAAGAAUAAGGGGUAUCGGAUUUGGGGGGAACUUAGCUGCCCUUAUAGGAAGCGCAACCCCAUCAGGUUCAAUAUUCGCGACUAUGAGAAAUGCGCCAAUAAGCCAUUUCCCAAUAUGUCGGAGUUGAAGAAGCACCUCACAUCGGCCCACUUCAAAGAUAGAUGCACUCGGUGCCAGAAAGAGUUUUCGUUGAGUUCUGAACUAAUGAUGCAUUAUCGACGAUGCCCUCAUGCACCUGGAUCGCCAUCGCGAAUGGGCACCCAAAACUCCGACCCCGAAAAUGGGUUUGGAGAAACGGUCGACUCGCAAUUGAGGAGUAGGGGAGCCAAUCAAAAUAUUAAAGAAUGGGCGCACUUGUGGAAUGCUUUAUUCCCAGAGGAUGAAAACAUACCUGACCAUAGUUUCGAUCCUGUUGUAGAAGAUUACGAAGUAUAUGAUCAGUACGAGUACACCAAAUGGAAUAUUGCCCAGGAUAUCAGCGUGCUUCUCGCACAGGAAUUACCCUACCCGAUCGUAGAUCUGGAGAAACUUUCUGGGAUGAUCAUGAAUUCAGUUCAAGGAAGGAUAGAGGCAAUUCUGGCACGGCCAAAAGCCUUCCGCCAACCCCGACAAAGCUCCCCGGGCUACACGGAUCCCGAAAUACAGAUGGCCGAAUCACCAGAGAGCGGAUUUGUUGAUAUUCCGGCGGAAAAUGUGACGGGUAAUUCUUCUUCUGAAUCCGAUUGCCUACUGAGUAUGCUCGGCACGCCGGGGUAUUCCUCGCCAGAUGGGGGUAUGGGUGAAGCGAAUGGCGAACAGCAGUAUGAAUACGAUUCUCAAAACAUCGACUUCUCGUCAGCACAUCUGAAUACACAGCCAAUGGCUUAUAUGCCCGACUAUAUGCCAAAUAGCGGGACCGAGUCUCCGAAUUUUGCUUCAUUCGAUUUUGGGGCGCCGGAGGCAUAUAAUAAUGCCUCCAUCUCAGCAUAUGGUUCCAAUCAUUUGCUUCAAGAGGAUCAAAAUUAUGAUCAGAACGCUUUAGCUCUCACGGGCGCGGUGCCUCUUAGUAAUACUCACCCAUCUAGUUUCUCCAAUGGCUUCAACUUAACCGACUGGGGCUUCAAUGGUAAUUGUCAAUCUCGCACGGACGACAUAGGUGACUUACACAUGGGGUUGGAUCCCUCUAGGAAUCAAACAGGCAGCACAUAAUUGUGUGAAGAUAUAGGUGAAGAUAUAGGGGUGGUCAGGGAAUCAUUUUCAUUUUCAUGUCAUUCGUUUUGCGGUCAAAUCCAGCUGGUUGUAUGAAUAGGUUUAAGAAGUAACCUAGGUAUUUCAAACGGUGCUAUUUUUUUUGCUGUUAUUCUUUACAAUUUAGUGUAGCUUUAUACACUACGCUUAGUGAACAAGUGUGGUGUUACAGAGCCAAUUACAGGGUAUCUUCUUAUUAUGUAAUCUAGUCUCACGGACCAUAUAAAGGUCUUAAGAUCAUCUCAUCUUACUGAUCAGGAGCAUAAGCAACUUCAACCUCAGUUUAUCUUUCAGUUAGCCGCUAUACAGUCAAUUCUAGUUUUUCAG